AUGGCGGGGAAGGGGCUCGGGGAGCUGAUGUCGCCGAGGCGGCUGCGCUGGCUCGGCUGGGGCCGCUGGGGCCUGCAGGACCCGCCGGAGGUGCGCUGUCUCGUGGAGGUGCCCGGGCUCCCGCCGCCAAAGGCGGGCGGCUUCCUCCGCGUCCUCGCGCACGCCGUCGACGGCCCCCUGGCGGACGCCUCCGACGCCGGCCGCCGGCGCCGCCAGCGGCUGGAUGCGGAGCUGCGCGCGCACCGAGUGGACGUCGCCUGCCUGCACGGCCUCGACCCAGAGGAGGAGGGCGGGCGCGACGUCGCGGCGGCCUUCUUCGGCUGGGGCUACUGCGGGUACUUUGCCUCCCGGGGCCGCGGCGGCGACGGCGCCGCGGCCCCCGGCGGACACGCGGAGCGGGUGGCCGCCCUCGCCGCCGAGGCGCUGGGCGCGGCGCCGUGCGAGGCCCGCCUGCCGCAGGCGAGCGCCAUCUUCUGGGACGAGUGCCGCUGGCGCGCCGUCGCCACCCGCAGCUCGGGCGGCGGUGCUGCCGUCGACCUGGCGCCCAGGGACCCGGAUGCCGCCGAGGGCCAGGUCGUCCGAGUCGUGUGCAUCCGACCCUCCCUGGCGGACUGCUGCGGGGAGGGGCCGGGGCCGUUGCUGAAGCCGGCCGCGCGUGGCCCCGGCUCGGCGGUGCCUCCGGCAGUCGUCUGCGCCGACCUGGCGGCGGUCGGCGGCGCGGCCGCCGCCGCCCUCGUCCCCGGCCUCGACGGCAUGCGCUCCGCCAUGGUCGAGGUGACCGGCGCGGAGCUGUGCGCGCCGGCGCCGGGGCGCGGCCGCCGUGGAGGACGCACAGAGCUCUGGAGCCCGGGCAGCAUCCUCCUGAGGGGAAUGAGCGCGUCCGCGGUGCUCUCGGGCCACUCGGAGCGCUACCUCGCGGACCUGUCGGGGGCGGACGUGGCCGAGCAGCUCCCCGCCGGCCGCCCGCCCCUGCUGGCGGAGCUGCGCUGGGCGGCGCGGGCGCCCGAGGGGCCGGCCCUGGCGGCUGCCGCUGCCUGCCUGGCCCGGUCCAGCAGCAGGCCUCGGCCGCGGGCCGGGGUGGCCUAG